AUGAAUUCUAUAAUUUUAAUAUUAGCUAGCAGAUAAGAAUACAUAUUUCACCUUUAAAUUUUGGAAGCAUAGGUAAACUCAAUGUCAAGUAAUGAUCGAAUGUAUUUGAUGUAAAAAAUACAAUACAAGAUCUUAAAGGUGGAGUAGAGAAGAAUUUAAAUAGAAUCGCAAACAUUAUUGAAUUAUUCUGAGCCUCGAAAAUUUUUAUAGAAACUUGUGAAAAAAUAUAUAAAAAUUCAAGGUUAUUAUUACUAAAAAUUGCAAGUAUUAAGACAUGUAAAUAGUUAUAUUUCCCAAUAUUCAGUUAAAGAAAAUAAUUUUUACCAAUGCAAAGAAAUUAACUAUUCAAAAUAGCGAGCAAUUCUACAAUGAGUUCUACAGAAAUCAUACAAAUAAUUAUCAAUUUGUAAAAAGAAAGACUGGUUCGUUAGAUUGAUUCCUUAGUUAAAUCCAUAAAUAGAAAUGAAGCAUUAUAGUAUCCUAUUUUAUUUAAACUAGGACUGAUUUAAUCACAAAUAGAAACGAGAAGUUUUGUUAAGAUCCAAUCUAGAGUUUGGAAUACUUAAAUCAUAUACAUCUAACUUAUUAUUUAUAAAAUAAGCCUACUUAUAAAAAUGAUCCAUACGAUAUCAUGAAUUUAGAUGAAUAAACAAAAGAGUUUUUAAUGUCAGGUUUUAAAAGCUAUGUUUGCUGUUUAACUAAAACCAAAAAUGUAUUUAUUCCAAUAGAAAGCACUCAAGAAAUUACUCUAUUUAGAUAUGAAAAGUAUUGGAAAAUCCUUAAUGAUCAAAAUAAUGCUCUAAAUAAAAGGAUAACCAAAUUCUAUUUUAAAAAUUACCAAUAAAUUUAAACCACUCUUGAGAAACAAAUAAUAUGCUCAGUACAUCGUUUACCCGUAAAACUCAAUUAAAAGUAAAACAAAAGAAAUAUUUUUCAUAAAAUAAGAUUAAGCAAAUAAGAAAAUGAAGGCAGAAAUUCUAGAACAUUUUAAGAUGGGUUCCAGACAGACAAAGAACCCUAUGUGGGGAAUUCUAUUGGAAUGGAAUCCUAAGGGGAUAUCUUUUCUCAUUUAAAGAACAUUGUACUGUCUUCAUCAAAAACAAGAGAAUAAAAAUCAAAUUAUGAGAAUAAAAAAUAUAUUCUCAGAGAUAGUUAAAUUCGAAAUGAACAUGAGAUGAUUUAAAGUUAAUUGGUUUUAUGUGGUAAAUCUAUGAAAUUCCCUAAUAAUGAGUAAGAGAAGAAAAGAAUCCUAAGUAAUAUCUUUGAAAAUAAGGACAAUGUUAAUAAUGCUUCUAAAGACAAAUCAGUCGAACAGGUGUCACUUUCUUUAACCAAAAAUUUGAAAAUCUAAAAAUAAGGAUUGAGUAAUAAGUACCACUUAAUAAAAAUCAAACAAAACUGCAGUCAGCUUAAAUUAUAACAGUUAUAAUUAUAAAAUUGA